UAACCCUCAUCUCCUGAGUUUUCUUCAUCCUGUCUAUCAAUUACAAUAUCCAAUCACUGCACAGAGAUGGAGAAAUGGGAUGAUCACAGCUCACACGAUGCUGUUUGGUUAGAAACGUCAGUGCUGCACAACCCACGGCUGAGUCAGUGUCUGUGAGAAAAUGAACUGAAUUAAUACAGAGCGGGGGUUGUAUCUCUGAAUAUUUAAGGCCAAAAUAACUGCAAUAGCAUUAUUACACAGUAGAGGGAGGAAAGCUAAAGGAAGUCUGUAGACAGGUGAGGUAGGGGACUGGGAAAUUUUUUCAUUGUUCAAAGGAAUUCUGAAGAUGAUGGAAAUAUCAGAUGUGCUAAAGUUUCCUAGUAAUGCCCAAGGAUGCUGACCUGGCUUUCAGUGCUGCAUUGUUUGAAAAAGCAGAGUCCCUUUAUUCUCUGAUUUCAAAAUUUUUUUCUUGUUUUUGUGUGUCUGCCUUGGCAUAUACUAAAGUAAGCACUCCCUCACGUGUUGCUAAAGGAGCUGUUGACCACACCAAAAUGAGUCUGCAUGGUGCUAGUGGGGGACAUGAGAGAUCAAGAGAUAGACGAAGGUCAAGUGACAGAUCACGAGAUUCAUCUCAUGAAAGAACAGAAUCUCAGCUCACUCCUUGUAUUAGAAAUGUUACUUCUCCAACACGGCAGCACCAUAUUGAACGUGAAAAAGAUCACAGUUCCUCUCGUCCAAGCAGUCCUCGUCCUCAGAAAGUGUCUCCAGAUGGAUCCAGCAGCAGUGCUGGGAACAGCAGCAGAAACAGUAGUCAGUCAAGUUCAGAUAGUAGCUGUAAGACGUCUGGGGAAAUGGUAUUUGUGUAUGAAAAUGCAAAAGAAGGAGCUCGGAAUGUAAGAACAUCAGAACGAGUGACACUUAUAGUGGAUAACACUAGAUUUGUUGUAGACCCAUCCAUUUUUACUGCACAGCCAAAUACAAUGUUGGGCAGGAUGUUUGGAUCUGGCAGAGAACAUAACUUUACACGUCCUAAUGAGAAGGGAGAGUAUGAAGUGGCAGAAGGAAUUGGCUCGACAGUAUUUCGAGCAAUCCUGGAUUAUUAUAAAACAGGAAUAAUCCGUUGUCCUGAUGGCAUAUCUAUUCCUGAAUUGAGAGAAGCUUGUGACUAUCUUUGUAUCUCUUUCGAAUAUAGUACUAUCAAAUGUCGAGAUCUCAGUGCCCUAAUGCAUGAGUUGUCAAAUGAUGGUGCUCGCAGACAGUUUGAAUUUUACUUGGAAGAAAUGAUCCUGCCUCUCAUGGUAGCCAGUGCCCAGAGUGGGGAACGCGAAUGCCACAUAGUGGUGCUUACAGACGAUGAUGUUGUUGAUUGGGAUGAAGAGUAUCCACCACAGAUGGGAGAAGAAUAUUCACAAAUUAUUUAUAGCACAAAAUUAUAUAGAUUUUUCAAGUACAUUGAAAACAGAGAUGUGGCCAAAUCGGUUUUGAAGGAGAGGGGUCUUAAGAAGAUUAGACUGGGAAUAGAAGGUUAUCCUACCUACAAAGAAAAAGUAAAGAAAAGGCCUGGGGGCCGCCCUGAAGUGAUUUACAACUAUGUCCAAAGACCCUUUAUUCGAAUGUCUUGGGAGAAGGAAGAAGGAAAGAGCAGGCAUGUAGACUUUCAGUGUGUGAAGAGUAAAUCUAUCACCAACCUUGCCGCCGCUGCCGCAGACAUUCCCCAGGACCAGCUGGUAGUCAUGCAUCCGACUCCGCAAGUGGAUGAGCUGGAUAUUCUACCCAUCCAUCCCCCUUCCGGCAACAAUGACCUCGAUCCUGACGCACAGAAUCCGAUGCUGUGACGGUGAUGUUUCUUGAAACCAUAGCAUGCUACUCUUCACAGUGAUGCUGUACUCUCCUCAUCCUGCACUGCAAGGCCACUCUCUUCAUUGUGAGAUGCACAGAACAAUGUUUAGGAUAUUGCAGUGUAGGCUUUUUUUAAAGACCAAAGGUAGCUGAAUGGUUUUUUAAAUGAGUACAACUCUAGCAUCUUGAGGUUCCAGUUAUAUAAAUGUAUUUGUUUACCAGUAGGUUUGUGAAAUUGGUUCUUUGUAUGGGGGACAGUCCUUUUUCACACAUCUAGAUCUUUCCAGAAGUGGUGGAAAUUGGCAGCUGGGGUACUUUGUCUAGAUUGAUAUUCAUCACACCCCAGAUAAAAUGUAGAACAUUAUAUAGUUGCACUUUAUAAAUGGUGGUUAAGUGGAACUGUUCAAGCCAUUUUUAUAGUUGUGAUGCACAAUAUAAUUUAAAUAAGUGCUUCUAUCAAAGUAUUCCUUCAGUAAAAUGUGUAUAGUUUGCUGCCCAUGAUGAGCAAAAAAUGAGUAUCACUGGGCUUAUUUGAAUGAUGAGGAUGAGAUUCAACCAUAUCUUAUCAGUUAUCUCAGUGCCGUUUUCAUCCUUUUCAAGUGUCACAUGCAGGGAGUGUGAACAUCAGAGGUGGGUUAUUAUCCGGUCUGCCUUACCCUUAAUCUGUUCACAGAUAUUUAUUUACUAAUGAUUUUUUUUGAAAGUUAUGGGAUAAGAAAAUGAAGUGUUUGCUCUUCAUUUACUAAAUGAUUGUAAACUCGUUUUUCAUCCAAAUAAAAUUCCAUUGUUUUAAUGUUUCUGA